ACGGGAUGGAGUGAAUCCGGGGUCAGGACUUCAGGCGGACUUCUUGUUACUCCAAGUCGGCUACCAACAGUUGUCUUGCUUGAAUCGCGUCGGUGGUGGACUUGGGCACAUGUGUGCCUGUCCAUCUACAUUUCCUUUCUGAAUAGCGCGGUUUCUUUGCUUUUGCUUGCUUACCUGUUGCAAUGGAUCCAAGGAACCUCACACUGCGAAGAAAGCGCAAGGACCGCCCUACGAUAAGCGCGCCUCAAAAUGCCUCUGGGCCUGGCAUCACCAGGCCAGCGGCACAACAAAAUAAGUCUGCGACCAAUCUAGCCGUACCCAGGGAACGAAAUGCCCCUACUGAAACGUCUGAUCUUGUCAAGCGACGAUAUUCUACGCGUUACAACCAACUACCAGACUUCAGCAAUGUUGCAACGCCCCCUGUGCCUGACUUGCCUGGGGCACUCAAACGACGUUCCCAGGGUGGUUCACCACGGCGUCCCGGGACGUCUCCCUCACGCCCGCUGCUUGUUGACAAUGAAGUGCUCAAAGACCCAAACCUGCAACACGAACGCUAUGUCACAGAACUCCUGUCCAAUGCAUCGGAGGAAGACAUUCAAGAAUACCAGACCAAUCUGCAGCGGCUGAAGAACCGAAACUCUGCCGAGCUUCAGCGGAGCGUGUAUCAGAACAGGACCCAGUUCAUUAAAAUCAGCAAAGAGGCGGAGAAGCUCAAAACUGAGAUGACUAUACUUCAAAAUCUUAUGUCCGAGUUGACAGGCACCCUCGGUCAGAGCAAUACGGGGACAACGCACAAUGCCGUUUCCACAGAGCUCAACGGCACUUCACAAUCAAGACGCAAUAUGAAUCGAACCUCGGUUGCAAACUUGGAGCAGAUGUGGAAUAUCCAACUCCAAGCAUUGUGGAAGAACGUGGAGAAAUCUCAGAAAUUUCUCCCGGCCACUCCUGGCCGCCAUAUUGUCGCGGAAACGGGCAACUGGAUUGAGCUGGAUAGUGCCACUUGGAAGCCGAAGCGGCCUGUGCAUAUUGUCCUGUUAAAUGACCAUCUUCUGAUCGCGUUCAAGAAGCGCAAGCGAGUGGACCCUAAUGCUCCUCAACAGGGCCCGGCGCCCACCAAACUCGUUGCGGAAGAGUGCUGGCCUUUACAAGACAUCGAGGUGAUAGAUAUGGCCGCGAGUUUAGCGUCCGGGAACCCGUCGCCCGCCGAAGUAAAGGCAGUCUCGUCUGCGCUCACUAUCAAAUCAGGGGGCAGGUCCCUUGUUUACCGGCAUGAAAAACGUGACGAGAAGGCCAAGAAUGGACUGCUGAUGGCUUUGCGGAAGGCCACAGAGGAAUGUCGAAAGGCUAGCAGGAGUCAUGACGAACAGGGCAAACCCCAAGGAGAGAGUCUGAACUAUUUUGCGGCGCGAGACCCGGUAUCUGCAAAAAACACUGACAUCAUCGAGAGCAUCAACUCCGUUAAAGAUAAGCCGGACAUUUUGAUUGAGGUCGAUGGCAAACAGCAGAACUUCCGCUGGGUCGAAGGGCAAAUCGACGAUCUCGAUAUCGAGAUAUCUCUACAGAGGUUUGAUGAAGCCGUGGAAAAGGUGGAAAAGUUGCGCAAGAUCGCCAGAGGUCUGAAGAACAACUCGGUCGCCCAGGAGCUCAUCACCGUCAAGGUCGAUGAACGUGCAGCCAAGGUUGCAACGGUUCUCUGCCGGGAACUCGUGGAGACGCCAUCGUUUAUGGAAGCGACGAAGAGGACUGCGGGGUACCUCAUUCGGUUGGGCUUCGACGACAGAGCUCGCGAACUCUACCUGAAAGCGCGCAGCGACACUCUGACCAAGCGCGCACGGCAAUGUGUUUUCGAAGGCGACCUCCAUCGAUAUGUCUACUCAAUUUCCUACGUGUACUUCACAAUUAUCAAGAACACAGUGCUGAUCUACCAAGCCUCGUUUCCUCCGGCCACUAUCAGUGCGUGUAUCAAAUGGGCGAAUGACCACCUCGAAACGUUCAACACUUUGCUUGUACGACAACUGAGUGCCAUAGACAAGGAUAGCAAACUUUGGCGAGAAUGUAUGGACGUUGUCUGGGCUCACGAGAGGGAGAUGCUGGGCAAUGUGGGCCUGGACUUUCGCGAGGUCAUUGGCAGGGGGCUUGAGGUACGAGAGAUCCCCGGCAUCAGGACCGGGAACCUAUCUGGAAGCAAUGCAGAGCAGAGCAGGUCAAGGUCCCGUACCAGAGGCAAUGCUUGAGAGGUCAUGGCUCUCGCGUUUACGGGCAAGACAUCUUCCAUCCUGUCCUGGGCCGGCUCUAUCUCCGCGGUAUUACUUCGGAGUUGCUAUUGUACAGCGGUCCCAAGGACAUUGGACAACCGCAAACCUGCAGGAGGGACGUCGGAGGACGCAAAGCGAGGAUCUGCUUUCGAGCAUUUUGAGCGGAGAUGAAUGUAUUGGUUCUUUUGUUGUUGGACAAGCUCCACAGUUGGUAUAUGCAAGAUGGAGCAAACUCCGCGCUUGUCGCUAAUGGCUGAAAUUACAUUUUUCCUGCUUAUAUCUUCCUCAUCUUGACUCUCGGAAGGUUCCAUUUAGAAGGGGUUUUCCCUGAUGAGACGCCAGGCGGAUCGUCUCAGGUGAUAUUACAUGGGUACACAUGAUGUACAAAUAAUCAGGCCCUCAAGCUUUUCUUGGUUCCGUACCACUGCACCGAAGCGUGCUGCAUAGAAUGAUUCAAAGAAGCUAUGAGGGUGUCAACUGGGGUAGCUGGCUGAAAUCUAUUCGUUGAUCU